AUGUCUCAGGAAGGCAAUUAUGGCAGGUGGACCAUAUCCAGCAGCGAUGACAGUGAGGAGGAAAAGCCCAAGCUGGACAAGCCGUCCACCUCCUCCCUCCCCAAGGCCACACAGGGGAUGGGGAACGAGCCAGGCUACACCUGCUCCGAGGCCCGGCGAGCCGCCCACAGAAGGAAGAUGUCACCCGUGAAGUUCAGCAGCCCCUCGGAGUCGGCGUCUCCCACCUCCUCUCCCAAAAGGCAGAGAAGCGGCUCCCAGGAGGAGCUGGGCUGGUGCCUCUCCAGCAGCGAUGAGGAGCUGCAACCAGCGCAGGCGGGGAAAGCGGAUGUCAAGGAGGAGAAGGGCCCGUUGGCUCCCCAGGGCCACGCCACAGAGAGGACUGGGAGCCACGGCCCUCCCGUCAGGCUCAAAGAGGAAGAGAAAGACGAGUAUGAGACGUCAGGGGAGGCUCAGGACAUCUGGGACAUGCUGGACAGAGGGAACCCCUUCCACUUUUACCUCACUAGGGUCUCGGGCAUUAAGCCAAAGUACAACUCCGGAGCCCUGCACAUCAAAGAUAUUUUAUCUCCUCUCUUUGGGACACUUAUUUCUUCAGCUCAGUUUAACUACUGCUUCGAUGUGCACUGGCUGGUGAGACAGUACCCACCAGAGUUCAGGAAGAAACCGAUGCUGCUCGUCCACGGAGAUAAACGAGAAGCCAAGGCGCACUUACAUGCCGAGGCCAAGCCUUACGAGAACAUUUCCCUCUGCCAGGCGAAGCUGGAUAUUGCAUUUGGAACACAUCAUACGAAGAUGAUGCUCUUACUCUAUGAAGAAGGCCUCCGGGUUGUCAUCCACACCUCCAACCUCAUCCGCGAGGACUGGCACCAGAAGACUCAAGGGAUAUGGUUGAGCCCCUUGUACCCACGAAUUGCCGAUGGGACUCCUGGAACUGGAGAAUCAAGAACACAUUUUAAAGCCGACCUCAUCAGCUAUUUGAUGGCCUAUAAUGCUCCUUCUCUCAAGGAGUGGAUAGACAACAUCCAGGGCCAUGAUCUUUCAGAAACAAAUGUUUACCUUAUUGGAUCAACCCCAGGACGCUUCCAAGGAAACCAGAAAGAUAAUUGGGGUCAUUUUAGACUCAGGAAGCUGCUCAGAGAACACGCCUCGCCCUUGCCUAACGCAGAGACAUGGCCUGUGAUCGGCCAGUUUUCCAGCAUCGGCUCCAUGGGCUCCGACGAAUCAAAGUGGUUGUCCUCUGAGUUCAAGGAGAGUCUGGUGACCCUGGGGAAGGAGACGAGGCCUCUGGGGAGAAGUACUGCUCCUCUUCAUCUGAUCUAUCCUUCCGUGGAAAAUGUGCGGACAAGCUUAGAAGGAUAUCCUGCUGGGGGCUCCCUUCCCUAUGGCAUCCAGACGGCUGAAAAGCAAACAUGGCUGCAUUCCUACUUCCACAAAUGGUCAGCCGAGACGUCUGGACGCAGCAACGCCAUGCCACACAUCAAGACGUACCUGCGGCCCUCUCCAGACUUCAACAGGGUCGCUUGGUUCCUCGUCACAAGUGCCAACCUGUCCAAGGCCGCCUGGGGAGCUCUGGAGAAAAACGGGGCCCAGCUGAUGAUCCGUUCCUACGAGCUCGGAGUCCUGUUCCUCCCCUCGGUGUUUGGCUUGGAGAGCUUCGAAGUGAAGAUGAAGUUCUUCUCAGGCAGGCAGGAGACAACGCCGUCAUUCCCUGUGCCGUAUGACUUGCCUCCAGAUCUUUAUGGAAGUAAAGAUCGGCCAUGGAUUUGGAAUAUCCCUUAUGUCAAAGCACCAGAUACACACGGGAACAUGUGGGUCCCCUCCUGA